UACUCUGCUUCUCCUCUCAUAAGUUUUCUACUUUUCUUCCUUUCUUCUUCAGCGCCGAUAACACGCCAUCUCUUGAGAUUCAUCGAUCGUUUCUUAAUCACGAUUUCUAAUAUUCAUCUGUCCUUCAAUCUCUAGCCUCCACCGCCGCAACACCACCAGUAUCUUCAGAUUUCAAGACAAUCAAGUAAUUAACAUGCGGGUGAACUGAAGCUAAAUCUGUGGAGCACUUAAUGCUAAACUGUCAACACACGCAGCAGAUAUGGAAGGCAGCACCAUUACAAUGGGAUGGUGCUAUAGACCAAACAGGGGACUUCAGAAGGUGGUGGAUCAGAAUCACUGAUGCAAGGAAUAGGCCAAGGGGGAUGGAGCAUAUUGGCCUGACUGCGAAUAUUUUAUGGCAAGUGUGGAAAGAAAGAAACCAGAAGGAAUUUGAAAACAAGACCAGCUGCUCUCCUGCUCGAACAGUUGAAAAAGCUCAUAAAGAGUGGCUGGAGCAAGAGGAAAUUAUGAAAGGCAGAACUAGCCAGAGCACAAGAGAAACAUCUUUCACUCAGGAAGAGCACUAUAAGGGACAGGAUAAAGAAGGGACCAUCUGUCUAGACGUGGCUACAACAAGUCAGCAUGGCCAGGUCUCACUGGGGAUUGGAGUGACUGCGAUAAAGCACCCAAACACUAGACUUGCGGAAUGGGCACUUAAAGAGCGAAGUAAGGGAGACAAAGUCACAGAUGAAGCAGUGGCUAUCCAGCUGGUCAUGUGCAAGGCUCUUGAGCAUCAGUGGAGCAGAAUCACGAUCCAGUUUCAAAGCCAGGACCUUAUGAGGCAGAUAAAGCACAAGAACCCUUCUAGCAGUAGACUAGCUACCUUGAUAGAUGACAUCCUGAGCAUGCAAAAGUUGUUUCGCAUGUGCUUGUUUAGUUUAGCAAAGGAAGAAAGUAGUAAACGCAGUAGAGAAUUAAGUUCUCAUGCCUAUGGCAUUUUAGUGGAUGAGGAGUGGAAUCUCAUCAGUGCUAGAUGAGCGCUAUUUGUACAGUUUCCUUCGAGCCUUUG